GAUGGCUCUGGGGGUGGGGGUGCUGUGCUUUACUGGAUGUCCAGGGAUCAGCGGGCUCACGACAACUGGGCACUCCUGAAGGCUCAGGAGCUUCCAUCGGGUGCCGUGAUGUUCUUCGACAAUUCUUGCUUUGUGCUGCUGAAGGCCUGUGGCUAUCUGUGGCUUCCGUGUGUUUUUCUGGUCGCAUGGAGAGGCCAGAGCGUGACGGAAGUCCCCAAGUUCGUGCGCAAGCUCCAGCAGAUGGGUAAGAAAGGCGCCGUGCAUGCUGUCGUCUGUGACACUUCGCCACUUCGAGUCCCACGUUCUUGGACGGCAGGGGUCGCGAAAGCACUGCAGAACAUGAAGGUGCCGUUGCUGCAGGUGGAUGCCCAUAAUGUGGUGCCAAUUUGGGAGGCUUCUGAAAAGCAGGAGACCGGUGCACGCACACUGCGGCCAAAGAUCACCAAACGGCUGAUGGAAUUUCUCGUGGAUUUCCCCCCCUUGCGCAGGCAUCCUGUCGCACCGCUGCUGGGCAAGAAGGGAGGUCAUUCGACGACCCGUGAGGUCACACUACCGUCGGUGGACGAUCCAUGGCGUCGCACCACCGACUGGCGUUACCCGUACACGCAGUCUCUGGAGGUAGUCCCAGCGGGCGAGGAGCGGAGGAGGCCCUCCGAGCCAGAGAGGUCCACCUCGUUGAAGGCCGUUCAGUUGAAGAGUCAAAUCAAGGCCAAAUUUCAUGAGCUUGAUGUCAACAAGGAUGGCUGCUUGUCGUUCGAGGAGCUGACUGUGUUCCUGGGAUGUUUGUCUACCAAGCUUACGGAGAAAGAGGUGCGCGAGAUCUUCAGGACCAUGGAUCGAAACAGAGACGAGAAGGUUCAGUUCGAUGAGUUCGUUGAUUUCAUCUUCAGCAGUGAGAUGGACAAGAACCCGCGCUUGCUUGCAGAUGUGGAG